CCCUUGCGCCGCACCUCGCCUUUCAAUCCAACCCAAUGACACGAACGACGACGCACGACGCAAGUUGCUGCUCUUCUUCGCGCACGGCGAAUGAGGAGAGGACGCGUCACGUUGCUCGCCGUUCAAAGUGGGGGCUAUUAACUGCGUGCGAGACUGGAGGCUUGAAUGACGGGAUGGGAGAUGCGUGUUGUUCGAUGAUGUGCCUGUGUGGAGCAAGGACAGAUCAAGAUCAGACAAGGCAAAGACGACCUUUUGGACGAUGCAAAGAGGCUAUAUAGAGUCGGAACAAUCUCCUUCAUUUCUCUUUUACUUUUGUCCCUCCUCCUGCUCGAUCCUGUCGUCUACUCAGCCUUCAGUGACACAACGUAUCCUUUCGUUCAACAUGCCCGCCUCGUUCCUCCUCCGCGACCUCACCACUCACGCCCGCGACCAGACUCAGUGGCUCAACGCUCGGCGCCAACGUGCGGCCUCCGCCGCCGCUGCUUCUUCUUCCUCACCCUCUGCCGUUGAGUCAAAGCUCACAACAACGAAUCUCGUGGCUCAGCAGUCUGGCUAUACAUCAAUCGGCAGUAUGGGCCAGAUGACAAGGAGGUACAGCAGCGAUUCGAACUCGUCCAGCGAGUCGGGGAGGAGCGCAGGACGCUGGUAGGCCUUCCGUAACAAGGCCUCCGUCGCAUUCCUCGUCUCCAACAAACAUAAACACUCUGCCAGUCGCAAUUCAGUAUGGUGACCCUGCCUCGCUCAUCAGCUUCGACGCCCUGCUCGCCCCUCCUCGAUUCCAUGUAUACCUCUGCGCUUCUGAACUUGGAAUCGAGCACCAGUAACGCCA